CAUGUUUUCCACUGUGCUGAAUCGCGGAAACAAAAACCUAAACAUAACAACGCAUAAAACAAACACAUUUCGAUUUCUCACCCCUGCUCGUGCUCGAUUCAUACUUCAUACACUUUCUUUUCACUCCAAUGACGAAGAGUUCUAAAAAGACACCAACUCAGUUACAAGAGAAUACUGUUGCAGAAGAGGAGAGAUCUUCAUCUACACCCAAAAAAGCAAGUAAUGAAAUUGAUGAAAUAUUUGCUGCUGGGAAAAAGAGGAAGAAAUCUGAAAUGGAAAAGACUGGAAAAUCUGGUGAAGUAACUAAAAAGACUGACAAAACGAAGAAGAAAAAGAAGAAUCUGAAGAGGAAUCAGUCAGAUAAUGGCAAGUUUGUAGACCUGCCUUCUCGACCAAGAAAGAAAACAGAGGAUGGACUUACUGUCUACACCGAAGAGGAGUUAGGUAUUAGUAAUGCAGAUGCUGGAAAUACGCCUCUCUGCCCAUUUGAUUGCUCUUGUUGCUUUUGAUUGUAACUGUAUAAUGUUAUAUGCACUUUAUUCCUUGCUGUGGUGAUUGACAGUGUUGUGAUUGUCACUUACAGUCUUGGUUUUGUAAGCUAGGGGCAUAGUUUUUUUCCUUUAUUAUAUUUAUAGUUGGACCAAAAAUGGCUUGAGUUAUCAUGUGCUAAGCUUGAAUUCUUUAGAUCUAGAUAUGAUUCCUCAGGUGAUUUCAGGUAGAACUUUGCAGCAAUUGAUCUGCUUCCCAUGUAACACAAUUGUUUUAAGCAUUGCACUCAUGGCAGCAUUUUUGAGAAAUUUAUUGCAAACGGGGGGAAGUGUACUUCUGGGUGCUA